AUGUACCAAAUGGGUUACGUAAUGAACGGUCUGUUGUUGGGCUAUAUGUCGGACCGGUUUGGCCGGCGGCCCACCCUAUGGCUGGCCAUGACUAUAGAGGUGUGCGGCGGAUUGUCCCUCAUAUUUUCACCAACAAUCACCAUGUACAUUAUGAGCCGAUUUUUUGUUGGCCUUGGUGAUAGUGGUCGUGGUGUCAGUCUUUACCUGUUAAUACUGGAAACCGUUGGCACAAAAUACCGGUCGGAUAUUGUGAUGACAGUCACUUUUGGUUGGAUUACUGGGUAUAUCGCUCUACCCGGUGCUGCCUGGAUAUUGAAGGACUAUCAGUUACUACAGGCUAUACCCACAACAGUGACAUUUGUACUAAUGUGCACAUGGUUGUUGACAAUACCCGAGUCACCAAGGUGGCAGUUAUCUAAUAAUCAACACGAAAAAGCUCGAGUGACUAUCAUUAAAGCGGCUAAAUUAAAUGGACAUGUUACCAAUGUGGAUUAUAUUAAUGAUCAACUAGAUCAAUUACGACAUAACAGUGAAGUGAACCUAAACAAGCACAAAAAGCGCAAACACUACACAAUCGUAGACCUCCUAUCGUCAAAAGUGAUGCGAAACUAUACACUCAUAUUCUGGUUUUCAUUCGCCGUAAAUGCAUUCAUAUAUCACGGAAUAUCACUAAACGUACAGCAAAUCGGGGGUAAUCUGUACGUAAACUUUGCCAUAGCUGGCUUGGUGGAAAUACCCUCGCUCAUAUUAAACAUUGUGGGUUUAAAAUACGUUGGUCGCAAAACAUUCACUGUGGCCACAAUGGCUAUGGCAUCUCUGUCUUACCUGGCCAUCGUACUUUGCAGCGCUUAUAGGGAGUCAAUGGGUGUACAUUAUAAUACGGCAAAAUUGAUCAUGGCAAUGUUUGGCAAACUGUUUAUUUUUAGCUCGUUUAAUGUGAUUUAUAUCCACGCCGGUGAAAUAUUUCCCACCGUUCUGAGGCAUACGGGUAUCGGUAGCUGUAGUAUCGCAGCCCGUAUUGGCUCAAUACUGGCACCGUUUGUUAGGGAAAUGAGUGAACACUAUAACUUUGUCAUAUCGAUGAUGGUGUUUGGUUUGCUUGCGCUGAUGGCAACUCUACUCACAUUAUUUCUACCCGAGACUAAGGACAGGGAUAUACCUGAUAAUAUAAUGGACGUGGAGGAACUUCACGAUUUAUCAGGGUCAAACAGUGCCGAUAGUGAUAACAUAACAUAUGCCAUCUCUACGAACAUUAUAAAAGAAACAGAUAAUAUAUAAUUUAUACU